ACAACCAAAACAGUUGAACAACAAUACUUGAGGUGCGAACAACACCAGGCACACAGACUUUUCGUCAUAAGGACCAAACAAAUUGCGAAUAAUAUUUUUUUGUGUUAAUGAUCAUUUUCAAAAAAGGCCGAAUUUAUUCGUUUAAAUUCAGCAGUGUUGUAAGAAAAUUUUUCAAUAAAAACAAAAAAAUCUAUAAAAGUAAAAAGAAAAAAUGGCUCCUAAUGAAACAUCAGCCUUGUUGAAGAACUACCGCGAUCAGCGCCAGUAUUCUAACAAUUCUAAUCGCAAUAAUGGGGAUGUUGCCGUAGGUGGUUAUCAUGCCGUGGACGAUAAUAAUCAUAUAGUUUAUGUCAAUAAGGAGGCAUCCGAAUAUGAGCCCAUAUUCUGCAUAAAUGAUUAUACAUCCUCCUUGACUUUAGAUGAAUUAUUACCGUAUCAAUUGGAUCCGUGGUGGCAAAACUUGCGUAACAUUUUAUUUUUAAUAUUUUGGUUGACUUUGUUACUGACAUUCCUCACUGCCUGUCUGUUGUCAUAUUUACAAUCGGGCCAUAUUUCUUGUAAUAUGUUACAAAAGCAGAUGCUAACUAGUGCUGUUGAAGUGACAACCUCCUCGAAUAACAGCUUAUUAGCCGCAACUACAAAGUUACCUACGACCAUAGCUCAUGCUUUAUCAACGGAGUUGUUAGGUGGUACAUUAUCUUUGACAACUAUGCCAUGAAUCUCAAAAAAAUAAACAAAAUGUUUUUGUUUCGAGUUUCCAGUAUAAUAAAUGCUUCUAUGAAGUAGUUAAUUUAAGAUUAAUUUAAAUUUACGAUGUGUAAUAUAGUAAAACAUGUAUGAAAAUAAAAAUUAAAUUGUUCAUUAAUGUGUACAUUAGCAAUUCUAGAUAUAAUGAUAAUGUCUGUGCCAACAAACAA